AUGUCGACCCUCGAGGACUUGGACGACCUUGAGCACGAGAACAGAGACAAGAAGGAAGACCAGGGCGAUGACGGCAAGAAGCCCAGCGGCGACGGUGACGCCGAGAUGGAAGAUGCUGAGAAGAAGGACGAGGAGGAAGAGCUGAUGGACGAGGAGAUCCUCCACUCCAGUACGGCAGACAUUGUUAAGCGACGACGGAUGCUGGAGAACGAAAUGCGCAUCAUGAAGAGCGAGUUCCAGCGUUUGACACACGAGCAGAGCACAAUGCGAGAGAAGGUUAAGGAUAAUCAAGAAAAGAUCGAGAACAACAGACAACUACCAUACCUCGUCGGAAACGUCGUUGAGCUCCUGGACCUUGAUGUGGAGGCCGAAGCCGCAGAGGAGGGAGCCAACAUCGAUCUCGACGCCACUCGCGUUGGCAAAUCCGCCGUUAUCAAGACUUCAACCCGCCAGACCAUCUUCCUCCCGCUCAUCGGACUGGUUGACCACGAGAAGCUGAAGCCCGGUGACCUGAUCGGUGUCAAUAAGGACUCAUAUCUCAUCCUGGACACCUUACCAGCAGAGUAUGACAACCGCGUGAAGGCUAUGGAGGUCGACGAGAAGCCGACGGAGAAGUACACGGAUAUCGGUGGUCUGGACAAGCAGAUCGAGGAGAUCGUGGAAGCUAUCGUAUGGCCCAUGAAGGAGGCGGAGCGAUUCAAGAAGAUCGGCAUCAAGGCACCGAAGGGUGCUCUAAUGUACGGUCCCCCCGGAACCGGUAAAACCCUCCUUGCCCGUGCCUGUGCUGCCGAGACGAACGCCACUUUCCUGAAGCUUGCCGGUCCAUCCCUCGUACAAAUGUUCAUUGGUGACGGUGCCAAGCUGGUGCGUGACUGCUUCGCCUUGGCCAAGGAGAAGGCUCCAUCAAUCAUCUUCAUCGACGAACUUGAUGCCGUUGGUACCAAGCGUUUCGACUCCGAGAAGUCCGGUGAUCGUGAAGUCCAGCGUACUAUGCUGGAACUGCUGAACCAGCUGGACGGAUUCGCGUCCGACGACCGCAUCAAGGUCCUCGCCGCGACUAACCGUGUCGAUGUAUUGGACCCUGCUCUGCUCCGAUCCGGUCGUUUGGAUCGCAAGAUCGAGUUCCCCCUUCCGAAUGAGGAGGCUCGUGCGAACAUCUUGCAGAUUCACUCGCGUAAGAUGUCCGUUGAGGAUAGCGUGAACUGGGCUGAGCUUGCCCGCAGCACGGAUGAGUUUGGUGGUGCUCAGCUCAAGGCUGUCUGUGUCGAGGCUGGUAUGAUUGCGUUGCGGAAGGGCCUGAGCAAAAUUGGUCACGAGAACUACGUUGAUGCCAUCGCCGAGGUCCAGGCGAAGAAGAAGGAUUCAAACCUAAAUAUUUAUGUUUGA